AUGGGUGGGGUUCCACCUUGGGUCCAGCGACGCCGUGUUAUCAUCAGCGCGCCGCUAAAUUUACCCGAAGGGAGAAACCUGUUGAAAGCAAAGGACGGGGUGGUUGACCACCUCAACAACCUUUUGACCAUCGAGCUCACCGCCAUCAACCAGUAUUUCGUCCAAGCCGAGAUGUGCAAGAACUGGGGCUUUGAGCGCCUCUACAAGGGGUUCCGCUCCACCAGCAUGGAGGAGAUGGAAGACGCCCAGCACCUCAUCCGGCACAUCCUCUUCCUGGAGGGCGUCCCCAACCUGCAGCGUCUCAACCAGAUCAUGGUGGGAGAGACCGUUCCCGAGGAUCUGGAGUUGGACCUCCAGGCCGAGAUGAACGCCGUCAACGCCCUGGGCGAAGCCAUCGCCCACUGCGAGCAGGUGCAGGACUACGCCACCCGAGGCAUCCUGCAGGAGAUGAUCCGCUCCGAAGAGGAACACGUGGACUGGCUGGAAACCCAGCUGGAGACCAUCAAUAUCAUCGGGCUGGAGCUCUAUCUGAACCAGCAGAUUCACGAAGACUGA